UAAGAGACUGACAUUUAGUAAGUUGAAGCAAUGCUAAAGUAACAAAGUGUUUAGAUAGACGUUUGGAUUGUUGGAUUGUUUGGAGUUUGCAUGAACACAGAUGGAUAUAUCGUUACAUAUACCAGUACUAUUCUGCUUCUUGAAGAUUUCUAUAGCUGCAGAGGGUCCUAAUCCGGCUAUAGACGCUCUAGAUGCAAAUGUAACGGUAAUAGAAGGCGAUACAGCCAUCUUACCAUGUUCUGUGGAAAACCUGGGUGAAUAUAAGGUGGCGUGGUUAACUCAUCUUUCACGUCUGAUAUCUGUAAAUGGAAAUCUGAUCACGGAUGAUCCACGUUUCAGUCUGGAGCAACCGAACACUGGGGACUGGAACUUACACAUCGAGAAUACAACAUAUACCGAUCUUGGGCAAUAUUUUUGUCGGGUUAAUACCGACCCUAUCACUUCGAAAACUGUGAACCUAGCAGUUCUAGUACCAGCAGCGAUAAAACACGAAUUAUCAAGCAGAAAUACAUUUUUAAGGGAAGGAGAAACUCUUGUUCUAAUCUGCAAUGUCACGGGCGUUCCUAAACCAAUAGUCACGUGGUACAAGCUCAAUUCAGGGGACAAACAAAAACUGAAUCGUUCAGGAGAAGUGCUGAUCAUUCCCAAUGUGACAAGGUUAGAUGGUGGAACAUACGAAUGUGCAGCAUUCAAUGGUGUUUCAGUAAGAAAGCAAAUCAGUGUAUCUAUCGAAUUUGCCCCGAAGGUUACACUUCUAUCAAAAAGAAUUGGUCAGUUUGUCGGUAGGGAAACCAUUCUAGAUUGCCAGAUCAUUGCCAACCCACAGCCGGACAUGUACUGGCUUAAGGGUAACAGUAACUUAGAAUCGCUUGACAAGGACAAGUAUCAGGUCGAACUGUACAGUAGCAAUAUCGACACCUCUGUUAAAACACUCAGUUUGAGACUAACCGAUCUGCAGCAAGAUGACUUCGGGGAGUAUACAUGCUACGCCAAAAAUUCGAUUGGUAAAGGUUUCGAUUCCGUGGUUGUAUAUGAUUAUGCAAUUCAUUUCACCACAACAAUAUCUCCAAGAGCAACGAAGACAACGACGAAUCUGUCUGAAGCCUCGAGUGUACAAGUCAGCAACAAGAAUUCUGCAGGAAUGUUUGUCGAAGUUUCAAGCGGGAAUAAUUAUGGAAUGACCGUCUUAUGUGCCUUAACCUUUUCCUGGAUUGUUUCUAAUGUAGUCUAGCAGUAUACUUCAGAACAAAGAAUUUUCAUCGCAAUGCUAAGAGUGGCAAUAUUACAAGUUGAAGUUUAAAGUUAAAAAAACGAAAAUGAAUGUUUUCUAUACUGCCUGAACUAAAAAAAAAAUGUUUUCAAUUCCCAUCAGGAUUUUUUGGAAUCUGCUGUUAUUGUUAUUUACAACAUGUUAUAAAAAACCAUCUGUGAACAUGUAUCUCUGAUUAUAAAGACCACUGUUGUGGCUUCCUAUUUGAACCUUUGCAGCUUAUAAAUACACCUUUGUCUCUCCUAAGGCGAUCAUUAUAAACAGGAUCAACUGUACAUUGUACAAGUGUUUAUUUCUCAUAAUGUUGCUGAUAUCAUUGUCAUAUAUCGGUAACAUAAUUUGAGAUGUUAUACCAUUAGCUGCCAUUUAGAAUUGACGAGUGCAGUCAAAUCAGUUUUAAAGACCACCUCCGAAUAAAAGCCAAUACAUCCAAACCUGGCCAUAAGGAACACAGUUUUCUCUUCCCGUUUGACUGUAAAUAGUGUACAUUACCUGUCUUUAGAGACCACGUGUCGAAAACAACAUUUUUUUUAAAUUCUUUAUAGAGGUUUUUGGAGGUUUGACUAUAUGUAAAUAAUUACUGUAGAUCAGGUUUCGCUUCAGACAAA